AUGGUAGCACUUGGGACAAUAUCUGUGAAACUGCCUUCUCUAUCUAGGUUUGUCUGCUGUAGCAUUUCCUUGUUGAUGGAAACCAUUCUCAAUGAUCUUUGCCUACUUGGAAUUAUACGUCCAAUUUUGUUGCUGGGAGAUGGAGACAAACCAGCGGAACUGCAUGACAUAGAAUGCUUAAUUUCUUCUUCAAGUUUGUCAAUUCAGCUAUUUAUCGACUAUGACUGCAUUGCAGGAUACUGCACAUGCGAACAAGGUGAAUUUAGAUUAUAUAUACUGACUAUGUAUAAGUUGUUGAAUCUCGUUAGCCAGUUUUCAAUGGAAGGAGAAAAGGUAGCACUUCUCUUAGUAACAUUUCUUUGCUCGAGUUGUGCAUAUGAGGUCUCAGUAUCUUGUAUGAUGGCCUAUGAUGAGGGUGGUGCUUCAGCAGUUUUCAACUCGCCUGAAUGUCAGCUGUGGGAUUUUUCUACUGCUAUUAAAAAUGGAACAGAUAAUUGCCUUAUAGCUACGCAUCAGGGGCGUAGGAAAUACCAAGAAGAUCGUAUGACAUGCUAUCCUCGUGUUACUGUUCCUGUUUUAGGUGAAGAUGGUGUGGAAGAAGCUAGUGUGGGUAUAGCGGCAGUGUUUGAUGGACAUGGAGGCAAGGAAGCAAGUGAGAUGGCUUCUCAGAAAUUCUUUGAUUACUUUCUAUUGCACGUUGUUUUCAACACAUACAAGAAUCUCUUUUCACACAGUAAAGAGCAUGAAGAAGCAGGUCAAAAUAGCUUGAAAUUCAAAGUUGAUGAUGAGUCGACACUUGGAAUUCUAGAGAAAGCCCUCUUGGGAACAAUCCAAGACAUAGAUUCAGAGUUUACACAGGAAGCUUUGAAGAAUGACUACAUUUCUGGAUCAACUGCAAUAGUUGUUCUUUGGAUGAAUGGGCAGUUAUUAGUUGGUAACCUGGGUGAUUCAAAAGCACUCAUAUGUUCGAGGAAAACUCAUUUUGAUCAGGAAAAUGAAGGUGAUUUGAUCACAAGACUUCAAGCUGAGGAACUAACGAAGGAUCACCAUCCUGAUAGGGAUGAUGAAAAGGCUAGAAUUGAAGCAGCUGGUGGGGUUGUCCUCGUUGUUGGUGUGCCUCGUGUCAAUGGUAUAUUGGCUGUCUCACGGUCUAUUGGUGAUAUUCGUUUGAAAAGAUAUGGAGUUAUUGCUGAACCAGAGGUCACGGGUUGGAGACGUUUGUCAACUGAAGACUGGUAUGUGGUGAUAGGAUCCGAUGGCAUAUUUGAAAGAAUGAGUCCCCAGGAUGUCUGUGAUAUUUUACACGAUGGACAUGAUAAGGAGAACAAGACAUCUAUCAACUCGUCCUCUUUAGCAGACUGCAUUGUCCACAAUGCAUUUAGUAAAGGUAGUGGUGAUAACUUGUCUGUUAUUGUGAUUCUAUUGAGACAAGAAUCCCCUUCACUUGAUUACAAACAACAGAUAUAA